UUCAAAACUCAUAGAACCAGUCCCACCCUUGUGAAAUAUGUGGUAAAUGCUACCGCUUGCCCAGGAAUUUGACCGACCACUUAACUCAUUCUGGUGAGAGGCCUUUUUGCUGUAGCUUGCCUGGUAAAUGCUUUAAUGAAAUGACUCAUUUGGAUCAUCACAUAAAAAUUCACACAAGCAAGAAGCCGUAUCUUUGUAAACUGCGUGGUAAAUCUUUCCAGUCAUUUUCCUCCUCAGUGGUAAACUGUGAUUCCUUCCUACAGGUUUUAAAACUUUCCUCCAACUGUUUUGAUUGAGGGAUCUGCCUUGUUUCCAUUGCACCACUUCUUUCCCAUCGAUUAAAAAACCUGACUUGAGUGUUGAGGCUUCAUGUGAACCUUGUAUUCAACCAGCAACAAAGGACCGGAAGUAUCAUUUAUGUUUAAAAUAAUCUAUAAACAUUUGCAUCUUUUCACCUAAAACCUAAAUCAACCAGAAUAAAGCUGUAUUUGCAGAACAGUUAUAUCUCUUAGCUUUGUUAGCAAAUCCUCUGACAAUUUCCAUGUUUCUGACCCAGUUACAAAGUUUUCAGUUUGAGAUUGGUUCCAUUGCCAUGAAUGUAUUGAAUUCAGUUUUAUUCUAGUUACUCUAACAAUAAAAAGGGAUACAUUUCUAAAAUUCGACCAAUCAGAACCUGAGUUUUUCCGGCUCUAUGCCAUAACACACCAGGUUCACACUUGUGCUCUGUUUGUUUCACCUCUUAGGCUGUUUGUUUUUGAUCUCAACUGAAUCCAACAAAAAGUUUAAUAGUGUGGAGGAAGCAUUUCAGAUGAUCCGUGAAGACUCUGGGACAGAAGUGUGUGUCCAGGAUUCCUCGUCUGAAGAUGAAGAACUCAUUUUUCCAGCUCAUAGUGAAGAUUUGGAGUUUGAAGGGCUUUAACCUGAGAGAAUUUUAGGCAAUCAGUACGCUUGAAUAUGAAGUCUGUCGUCCGCGGACAGCAGGCGCGGCUCAUGGAGUGCACACAGUGAUGACAGAGACUACGAGCCACCAAGAAGAGUCUUAAUCUCUGCCUCACACGAUCCUGAGGGGAGAGAAGAAAAUCCAAAAAGGCUGCUGGUGAGGGUGCAACAGUUUGGCAUGGCAAAGAUGAGGAGGAUCAUCACCACCACUUCAAUUUCACACCAACAAGAAAACCAGGCCCCACCUUAAACCAGGAAACAUCCUGGACCCCACUGUCUCUGUUUCAUUUGUUUUUCAGCGCGUCUGUGAUACAAACACUCAUUGACAAUACAAAUGCUAACACCUGAAACUUUUUUAUGCAUAGCGGAAAGAGCGGGUACAGCGGGGGCCAGGGCUUGAAUUACUCGUCUGUUUUGAACCUCUUGCCGCCGUCUUUGCUGGGUGAGGGCUACACUUUGUAUGUAGUCUGUUUUUGCACUGCAAUUAGGCUCCAGUUGGAGUCAAACAAAGCAGCUUAUUGCCGUUUUUGAUGUGUGAAAAAACUAAGUUCUUUACAAAAAGAAGAGAAAUCCCCACUUUUCUAAAUGAUGCUGAAAUGGCCAAACGUCUAAGUAUGUCUACAUAAAAAAGUAAUUUUGUUUUGGUUUGCCUCGGUUCCUUUCGUUUUGCACAAGUUGCUUUAGGAUUUCCAACAGUUUGUAUUCCUGUUAAUUAUACUUUAAAAGGUUUAUGUGGCAUUUAAUGCUGAAAAAUUGAAGGAGGAAAGUAUUUUUGUCCAUGUUCCUUAUCUUUUAUAAGAUAUAUUGAGUAUUAUAACAUGAUACCAAAAUUAUUCUAACAUUUGUAAGCUAUUUGCACAUGAUGCAUCUUGUUCGUGUUUGAAGAGCAUUAAUGAAUCCAAACCGUUAUUCUGUUGAUUCUUCUCUGUUCCAUCAACACUCUAGAACACACGGGUUUUCUGGUUCUGGUCCACUCUGCAUCCCCAGAAUCGAGCCAAACAUGGAGAGAAGCAACAUUCAGUUUUUAUGCUUCUGUUUGAAAUACAUUUUUAAAACCCUUCAAAACAGGUGAAACAAGGAGUUCCUUUAAAUCAAGGCUAAAGACAAUUGGUUGAGUUGCCUUCAAUUAAUAUUAACUGUAAAAAAAAAUAUUUAAUCUGAAUUUAAAUCAUUUUUGUACUUGUUGACUGGAGAAAGCCUAUUUUAAGUUUAUUCUUUCUAACCAAAUAGAGAAGGUACACUUUAAAUGUUUUAAAAUCAAAAGUCUCCUUGACAUAAGCAGUAUGACUGAAGUGUUUCAGGACUGAGCCAAGUGUCCUCUGUAUUGGAAAUCAAAAUAAGCAGAAAAAACCCAGGCAAAAUUAAAUGAAAACCUUCAGUAGAAAAACAAACGUUUACGUUUGAAGACGGAACCUUAAGCACAAACCCUGUUUCUGGUGUAAAUCUUCGUGUGAGACAUCCGGCGGAAGUAAACAACAGGGCGCUAGCAGCGUUAGCUUUCAGGCUUCCUUCAGUUUAUCGUCGUUUGUGAGACGGUUUCUGCUGUGUGAACUGAAUAUUUCAGUAUCUGAGGUAAUUACAUCUUGAUUUCAACGUCAGCCGUGUUGCUGAUACCAGCUGGAAAACCAAAAUUAUCUCAACCUGCAGGUCUUCCACAGCAUCAUGUCGGUUAUUACUUGGGAGGUUGAUGCUGAUCACAUUCUCAUUAGCAAACAAAGGUCAAGCUCUCCUCUUGACCAUGAUUUACCAAACGGUGUGGAAAUAAAAGAUGAACCGGAACCCCAGACGACUGAGACAGAAGACCCAGAACCUCGAGUGAUUAAAGAAGAACAGAUUGAGUUGUGCAUCUUUCAAGAUGAAGGCCAGGUUUUGGUGAAGCAAGAGGCUGAAACCUCCAUCUCCAUGGAGAAUCCUGCUUAUAGGGAAGCAUUUCAAGACGGACCAGAGCAGCAGCAGAUGAUGGAGACGAAGGAGGAACCAGAGCCUGUAGAGAUUAAAGAGGAGCAGGAGGAGUCCUGCGGUAAUCAGGACAUAGAACAGCCAAAUGUUUUUGAGUUUUGUGGUAAUUCUUUCAUGCAGCAUACUGAGUUGGCUAAUCACAUGAUACCUCAAGCAGAUGAGAAACCUUUCUCCUGCCUGACUUGUGGAAGAGGUUUUAACAAGCAGUACAACUUGACCGUCCACAUGAGAACUCACACAGGUGAGAAGCCAUACCCUUGUGAGCUGUGUGAUAAAUCUUUCAGGAGGAGCAAUGAUUUGGCCCGUCACAUCAGAACUCACACAGGUGAGACACCAUAUUCCUGUCAGUUUUGUGGUAAAUCCUUUAACGACAACAGUCAUCUCACCAUUCACCUGAGAACACACACUGGUGAGAAGCCCUACUCAUGUGAAGUGUGCGGUAAAUCUUUGACUGACAGCAGUCAUUUGAUCAAGCACAUGAGAACUCACACACCUGAAAAGCCUUUCCCAUGCCUGACUUGUGGAAAAGGUUUCACUGCUCAGUCUGACCUGACAGUCCACAUGAGAACCCACACCGGUGAGAAGCCCUUCACCUGUCUGUUCUGUGGUAAAGGUUUUAUCCAGAAAACUACCCUGAGUUAUCACAUGAGGACCCACACAGGUGAGAAGCCUUUUCCAUGUGACCUGUGUGAUAAAUCUUUUAUUCAAAGCAGCGAUCUGGCCCGCCACCUCCGAACCCACACAGGGGAGAAACCAUAUUCUUGUGACUUGUGUGACAAAUCUUUCAGACAGAGCAGCGAUCUGGCUCGUCAUAUUAGAACUCACACGGGAGAGAAGCCAUUCUCAUGUCAGACCUGUGGAAAAGGUUUUACCAAGCAGAAUAAUCUGACGGUGCACAUGAGGAUUCAUACAGGUGAGAAGCCUUAUUCUUGUGAAGCAUGUGGUGAAUCCUUCACUGUCAAAUUUAGUUUGACUAAACACAAAUGUAAAAAUGCCAACCAGGAAGUUCUGCGACAGUAGAGCUGCUCUCUGAUUCACAAACUAGUCAGGUUUAUUGGUAUAGCACAUUUCAGCAACAAGGCAGUUCAAAUUGAUUUGCAUGAUUAAAACAUAACACAUUAAAUAAUUUAGAAACAUGCAGCAAACUACAUUUUGUCAAAUCCCAUCAUCAAAAUCAUCACACAUAAUAAUCCUCAAAUAUAUUAAUACAUUUACAAGCAGUGUAAUAACUGUUUAUGCAUGGAAAAUUUCAGGUUUUCCAUGAGUUUAACAUUUGAAACAAAACACAAAUAGAUUUGGUGUUGAUCAAAGACAAACAAAUGGAGUUUUAGCCUCAAUGUACAGAACGUCAGUGUUUCAACAGUUGUGCAGUUUUUGGAUGUUUGUUUAUUGAAGGCAAGGUUGUCACCAUCUUCAGAAAAAGACUAAAUGGCAGGAUUUAGGCCCCUUCCCCUCGUUGUGUUUGUGAAAAAAGGAACGGGGGUUGAAGUCAACCCUCCUCUGUUACGCCCCUGAAUCACCAAGCCAGCAGGCAGGAUGCCACUGCCUCUACUGGUGAUUUCUGAUUGGCCAAAUGGGCUUCCAAUGGAUGUUAUGAUAGAAAUUUGUAUAAAUCUCAUCAGAAUACACCUUUUUAACAGGCAUAUUCAUGUUUUUAUUUUGCUUGGGUUUCCCCAUCAUUUUCUUACUGAUUGCUGUAUUUUAUAUCUGGGGAUUAUUUUGUAACCUGCAUGUCAUGUAAAAUAACUGUUAAAAAUGUUAUUUCAACAAAGCUUACAGCUUGAUGUGUUGAUACAACAUGAAUGAAGUGUUAAAAUAAGGGUUUUUAUUAUUGAUUUGUUAUUCCUGAGUAUUAGCGGUAUCCUGCUUCAGAUGAUUAAAAUAUGUUAUGUUUGGAUGAUUAAACUAUUUACAUUCAUUCUUUUAA